UUUAGAGAGCCUUUUCUCAUCCCCCUCGCCAUAGAGCACUAGCUCUUCCAGGUUACAUGCCCUUCCGCCUCCCCCUGCGCAUGGCGCUCCUCUCCGCCCGCCCCUUCUCCUCCCUCUCCCCCCUCUCUAGCACCUCUUCCGCCUUCCUCUCCCCCAACCCCGUCCCCCUCCCCGCAAUCUACGCGCCUUCCGCCCUCCGCGACCUUGAUCUCCGCCUCCCUGGCCUCCCCGCACCACCCCCGCUUCCGCCGAAACACUUCCCCCAUUCCCCGAAUAUCCUCCCGGGUUUCGGUUUGGGAGAACUCCCGGAAACUGCGGUUCCCGGAAUAACCAUCCCCGCAAGAGGCUCUCCGCUUCCGCUUUCCGCCCCCCCGCAUCCCGCGUUUGCGCCCAAGAUAUGGGCGGGGGGAGGUCCGCGGACGUUCCCCGGCGGAGUGACCAAGUGGCAGUGGAAGCGCAUGCAGGAGAAGAAGCGCCGCGCGCGGGAGCGUGGGCAGCUGAUCCGCGAGCAAGAGGCGUUCGAGGCGAAGCGGCGCGAGCAGCUCCGCAUCUUGCGGGGCCCGGAGCGCCCCUGGGAGGAGGAAUCCGACCGCGGAUGGGGGAACGGUCCGCGGGACGGCCCGCGGAAAGGCUCUUCGGAAGGGCGGCUACCGCCGCCCUUGGCGGAACGAUCCGCGGGGCCGCCGCUCCCGUGGGAAAAGCGGCGCGGGGGCGAUGAGACUGCGCGCCGAUGGGGGCAGGAGGAGGGGGGAGGGGGGCUUUGGAAGGGUUUAGGGGAGGAGGGGGGAAGAGGGGGAAUGGUUGUCCCUUGGGAGAGGCAAGAGGGGAAGGCGGAAGGGGAAGCGGAUUGGCGGAGCGAGAGGGGGGAUCAGCGGGGGAGGGGUGACUGGGGGAACCAGAGGGGCAUGGCGGAAGGGCAAGGAGAGGGGGAGGAGGGCGGAUUGCCAGUCCCCUGGGAAAAGGUUCCGCAGGUGCCGCAGCGGAGGUGGCAGCAAGGGGGAGAGCGCCCUUGGGGGGAAGAGCGCAUAAAGAAUGCGGAGGCGGAUUGGGGGGGGCAGCGCGAUAGGCGGGAACAGCGCAAUGGGGAGGGGCAGGGAGGAGGGGGAGGAGGGGGAGGAGGGGGAGGAGGGGGAGGAGGGGGAGGAGGGGGAGGAGGGGGAGGAGGGGGAGGAGGGGGCGGAGGGGGCGGAAGCGUCGCAGGGAAGGCAAGAGUGGAUGGAAGGGUGCGUGGGCCCGAAGCAACAGCCUCUUCUGAUGCGCCUUGGAACCCGCAGGCAGAGCCAUUGGCAUUUCCCAAGGCAGGAACAGAGGCGGGGAGGGAGGGACAGGGGGGCAGGGGAGGGGAAGUGCGCGGAGGGAGAGGAGGAGGAGGAGGAGGAGGAGGAGGCGGAGGAGGAGUGAGAGGUAGGGGAGGGGGGCAGAGAGGAGCAUUCAAAGGGUCGAGCCGGCAAGCACGGGGCGGUAGAGGGUCCCUUGUGCUGCCCCCGGUGCCUGAGGAGGUGUUGAGUCGGCACAUUAAAGCCAAGCACGUGGAAGACCUGUGGAACGAGGACGACGGGCCGCUAGAGAGAGACACAGGGUCUGUUUAUAGCGAGUACGAUACCCAACCUGUGACCACUCCUCCUGGUGGUGCCUCGCGGACAGCUGGAAGAAGCAGAGGUGCCAAGGGCAGCCCUGGCCAAGGGUCAAGCAUGGGCGGAAGGGGCGGAGUGGUAGGGAGUGUGGGUGUGGGAGGGAGAGAGGCGUAUGGAUGGGGGAUGAGGGAGGAGGAGGAGGAAGAGAAGAGGGCUUUCAUGCAGAUACCGUGGCUGGCUAACUCCGCUGCUGCUGAUGGUGUUGGUAGUAACGAAGGUGAUUGUGAUAGCGGUGGUUAUGGUAUGGGUGAGAAGAAUCGAGUCCAUGGUCGUGAUGAUGGGGAUGCGGGGUAUGGCACCACGGGUGAUGGCAGCAGUGGCAGCAGCCGCAGCCGCAGUGGCAGCACUUCCAGCAGCAGUCUCACCAGCAGCAGCACCAGCAACAGCAGUACAAGUGGUGCUUGGAGGAGGAAACGGGAUGUAUCAGCAUCAGCCAUCGCAAGAGGCAUAGCCACGCCCAUGCACUUGCCCAUGGCACUGCCUCUCUCUAUACCCAUGGGCAUGAUUCCUGCUGGCGGCACUGCUGCUUCUGCUUCUUCUUCUGCGGCUUCAGCUAGCCACAGGCCUGUCCUCUCUCGCUCUCCUCUGCUAUCCCUCUCCUCCCUUCUGCCACGCCCCAUGCUCAACCGCCCGUCUCCAUCCUUCCUCGCGCUUCCUCCCCGCUCCACCUCGCACCUACGGCCUGCGGUCCCGUCAAGAGGCCUGCUGUCUGUGCCAUUCGCAAUGCAGCGGCCUUCCCCCCCUGCAGCUGCUCGUGCUGUCUGUCAUGCUGGUGCUGCUGGUUCUGCCAGCAUUGUUGAAAACACGGAGGGUGAUGGUGCUCGUGGUGGCAACACGGAGAGUGGUGAUAGUGGUGGUAGGUGCGGAAUCGAGGGCCGAGAGUCCCAGGGGCGGGAGGGGAGCGUGGCAGGAGUGGAGGCAUGCGCUUUCUCAUCCCUGUGUCUCACACCAGCCUUGCUCUCAGCUAUCCAUUCCAACUUGGGCUUUCACCGCUGCACUCCCCUGCAGGCUGCUGUCAUACCGCACAUACUGGCAGGUUCCGAUCUGCUGGUGAUGACCACCAGUCCAGGUGCAGGCAAGGCCAUGGCUUAUCUGCUCCCCUGUCUUGACAGGCUCCUCUCAAGUCUCUUGGACUCUCCCACUCGUCUGCUAGCUGGAGCCGGCACGCCAGUGGAGGUGCUGCUGGUGUGCGCCACUAGAGCGAGAGCAGAGAGGGUAUUAGAGCAGGCACAGCGAGUGCUGGAGCUGCGUCGGGUGCAGCAGUCACUGCCACAGUCCCCGCUGCAGUCGACACAGCAAAUGCCACAGCCGCCGCAGCUCACGCAAUCUCAGGAAGGGAAGUGGGGAGUGAUAACGAUGGGGAGGAGGAGAGGAGGGGAUCGAGCAAGGCGGGCGGAAAGGGUGAAGGGGAAGGGGGCGGGAGUGGGAGGCAUUGGGCAGCAGGGAGUGGGGGCACAGAUGGUGGUGGGGGGAGUGAAUAUGGACAGUGAGGGAAGGAGACUGCAGCAGGUGCCGUGUCAGGUGCUUGUGGCCACUCCUGGUCGGCUGCUGGACCACUUGCAGCACACACAGGGGAUGCGGAAUCGAGUUCAGGAGCUGAAGGUGCUUGUAUUCGAGGACCUAGACUGCAUGGUCGACAUGGGAUUCGCUCGAACAAUGCUUGCCAUCCGCCCACUCCUCCCGACCAGCCGCCAAACGCUGCUCUUCACAAACACUCUUUCCAAUGAGGUGGUUGACCUUGCGCAAGACAUGCUCAAUGGAGAUCAUAAGUGUAUUGAUUGCACAGGUGUUGGGAAAGAAACAAACAAGCUCUCAAAACGGAAUGAAUGAUAACUAGAGCGAGAGAGUACAGGUGAAUAUAUACAAGUGUUGUACCCUCUAAGAAGUGACCCUAUACAGUCUAUGCAAACAUAAGAGAUACACA